GCGGCGGCGAACGGAGGGCGCCGCCCGCCCUUGCAGAUCGGGGCGCGGGCUUCGCGGAGCCAGCGGCACUAACCCACCGCCACGAAGCCACUGCCACGUCAAGCCGACUUCACAAACCCGGGCGAGGGUGGGUGACGCAGGCCGGACGGCCACGGCGGGUGGGGCUCGGCCAGGCGAGGAGGCUGACCUCCAGCGUGGCCGUCCGCUUCAGCGACGCCGCGGCCGGCGCCGGCGCCUGCCGGGCCCUCAGGGAGGCGGGGAAGCCGCGGAGGAGGCGGUGCCGACGCGCAGCCCGCGCCCCUCCGGCACCUCCCACCCCGCCAGCAGUCUGGGCCGGGUCUGGGCGGCGACGGCGGAGCCCCUUUGGCCGGGCCCAGUCAGCCCGGGCCGCUCUGAAACCGAGCGGCGGUGCACCCGGAGGUCGGAGCCGGGCCAGCGACCCGCCAUGGAGACCCGCUACAACCUCAAGAGUCCGGCUGUUAAACGUUUAAUGAAAGAAGCAGCAGAAUUGAAAGACCCAACAGAUCAUUACCAUGCACAGCCUUUAGAGGAUAACCUUUUUGAAUGGCACUUCACAGUUAGAGGGCCUCCAGAUUCUGAGUUUGAUGGAGGAGUUUAUCAUGGACGGAUAGUGCUGCCACCAGAGUAUCCCAUGAAACCACCAAGCAUUAUUCUCCUGACGGCUAAUGGACGAUUUGAAGUUGGCAAGAAAAUCUGUUUGAGCAUCUCAGGCCAUCAUCCUGAAACUUGGCAGCCAUCCUGGAGUAUAAGAACAGCAUUAUUAGCCAUCAUUGGGUUUAUGCCAACAAAAGGAGAAGGAGCCAUAGGUUCUCUGGAUUAUACACCUGAGGAAAGAAGAGCGCUUGCUAAAAAGUCACAGGAUUUCUGUUGUGACGUUUGUGGCUCCACAAUGAAGGAUGUCCUAUUGCCUUUAAAAUCUGGAAGUGAUUCAAGCCAGGCUGACCAAGAAGCCAAGGAAUUAGCUAGACGAAUCAGCUUUAAGGACAAUAUACCUACAACAUUCCAGGGUGCUACAGCCAGUACAUCGUAUGUUGUCCAGAACCUCUCGGCAGCUUCCCUUCAACAGCCUGCCCAGCCAGUAGCUAACAAUACCUCCCUGAGCCCGCGGCAGCGCCGGGCCCAGCAGCAGAGUCAGCGAAGGUUGUCUACUUCACCGGAUGUAAACCAGGGCCAGCAACCAAGAGAGAACCACACCGAUCAUGGCGGGUCAGCUGUACUGAUUGUCAUCUUGACUCUGGCACUGGCAGCUCUAAUAUUCCGACGAAUAUAUCUGGCCAAUGAGUACAUAUUUGACUUUGAGUUAUAACAUUGUUUUGUGUCUUGAGAGCUGUGACUCAACUGCUUCAUUAAACAUUCUGCAUUGGGUAUAAUCCAAGAAUUGUUUACAAAAGGGUUAUUUUGUAUUUACCUUCCCUCCCUCCCUCUUCUCUCUCUCUUUCUUUCUUUCUUUCUUUCUUUCUUUCUUUCUUUCUUUCUUUCUUUUGUCCUUAUAAAUUCAGUAUACAGAUAGAUGUUCAGACUCUGUCCUUUUUCGUUUAAGGGACUGGAAGUAAAACUCUUUGUUCUGCUUUACAGGGAUAUAUAUAGUUUGUUUCUCAUGCCUAAGCUUCUUUUUAUGUAUGUAAAUUUGUGGGUUUUUUUUUUCUGUAUAGCCCUUUGAAAGUUUUGGAUAAAAGAUGGUAUUUUGAGUUCUGAUGAGUCUUACUAGCUACACAGUAUCAUUUGUUGAGUGUUUAAUUUCUACUUAUGUAGAAUUAUGUAAAAAAAUAAAUAAGAGUUGAAAGGGAAUGUGAAACCCCUCAAAUAGCUUGUUUAAAAUGUCUUUCAUAGGAAACAUACCAGCAUUGCCCAUUCAGUUAUUGUCUUUGUGUACUUAAAAAAUCCUUCAGUAAACCCCCAAUAAAGAAAAAAAAAAUCCUUCAGUAAAAAUAGAUACUCUAGUCAAACAUUUAUGAGGAAAUAAGUUUGCAUCUUAAUUAUGGACUUAUUACAAGAGGAGAUAAUGCUUUGUAAACUCUUUCAUAAUGCUGUCAUUCCUUUUUCUCCAAUAGGCCCACAGGUUUAAAGAAAUACAGAACAAAUCUUCCAUAGAUCAUUGUUUUAAGGAAGGAAUGGUUCAAGCCACAAAAUUGCUUGAUUUUUUUUCCUCUAGAAGUAGGAGGAUUUUCAGAUUCGACUGUAUGCUCUGCUUAGAAUGUAUCUUUUGAGAUGUAUUUUCUUUUAUGCUUAGCUUUGUAAUCACUAUAAAUUUAAUUAUUCCACUAAUAUGCACAAUGUUGGACUGUUUCAUGCACCAUUUUAAUAGAAAACUCAGGGCCCAGGUAGCAGUAGUAAAAAUUACAAAAAUACUUACUUAGAAUUUAGUCACCAAAUCAAAAUGGAAGAAAUCAUUUCCAGUGCAAAAUUUUAUGGAAUAUAUGGGAUAAUUUUAGCAUAAUGCCCGGUGAGAACAUACAAUCACAGAAAAUAUUCAGCAGCAUUGAAGAGUAUUGUUAAUAAAGAUUUAACUUUUAUUGUAGGUACCCUCCCCCAAGCUUUCAAAUAGGUUACUCUUUAAAAGUGCACUUGCUAGUUUUGUUUUUAUAACUCAUUGUUGUAAAUGGUGUUUAGGUUCUAGACCAGUUCACAGAAGUUAGUCCACAGUGUAUCUGGAGUACUUUUAGGAAUGGUAUUCACCAAGUCCUUAUAUGCUUCCAACUAGCUGAAGUUAUGGGUAAGUUAGAAAUAAUCUUUAAAAUUACUUAAAGGGCAAAUUUAAUUUUUACUCCUGUUACGGUUUCUUUGGUUCUUUGAACCAUCAGACAAUUUUUAUUUUCAUCUUAAGUCAAUUUUCCUUUAUUGCCUAUGUUUAAAUUAAAAACUUAAUUGUAUACUAUUAUACAGUACAUAGUUGUCUUCAACUUCAGUAAGUUAAAAAUGUAAAGAUGUUUGCAGAUUAUUUCUAUUAGAUUUUCUUUUUUUUUUUGUAUUACAUUUUCAGCUGAAGUUGGUAAACCUAAAAAGCUAAUGGUUAUGCAAAUAACUUUCAUGCAUGAAGCUCUUGAGUUCCCAGGCUCAAUCCUCAGCACCACCAUAAACCGUGGCUGAGAAGUGCUCUGAUAGAAACAAAACAAACAAAAAAAAACCCCACCACCACCACCACCACCACCACCACCACCACCACCACCACCAACAACAACAACAAAAAACCUCAAGGACUUUAUGAAGACCUCAACAUGUAAGGGAAAUUGUAGGUGGCCAUAUUAUAACUUCAUUGCCAUGAGAAAAUGCUUUCUGAGGGUGUGUUUUGGAACACCAGGAGUUACUGUAUAGACAUUUAUGUAAGUAAGUGGAUACACACAAGUGGUCAAACUCGAGGAAAGAUGCUCAAUAUUAUUAGGGUAAUGCACAUUAAAAAUGUUUUAUGUUUUCAGUGCUGUUGGUCUCUCUUGCUUAGCUGGAGGUCACUGACUCUUCUGGGGAGACCAGAUAGUAUUACCAACUGGGAAGGAAGUCUCCGUGCUCACAGUCUCUGCUAAGAUUAAACUACAUGGCAAUGUUUCCUUUAUUUGCUCAGUCAAAUUUGAGCCAGCCUUUGAAUCUAUGACCUCAGUACAUAUUUUUUUAAUAUUUAUUUAUUUUCCCUUUUGUUUCCCUUGUUUUUUUAUUGUUGUAGUAGUAGUUCUUGUUAUUGAUGUCGUUGUUGGAUAGGACAGAUAAAUGGAGAGAGGAGGGGAAGACGGGGAGAGAAAGAUAGACACCUGCAGACCUGCUCUACUGCCUGUGAAGUGACUCAGGUGGGGAGCUGGGGGCUGGAACUGGGAUCCGUAUGCCAGUCCUUGCGCUUUGUGCCAUGUGCGCUUAACCUGCUCUGCUACCACCCGACUCCUGACCUCAGUGCAUAUUUCACGGACUACAUUAUUUUAAAGCUCAUGAGGCCCAGAAAUGUUUGCAUUGUGCAUGUCCUUUAUAUUUGAUUUGUCUCUUCUCUCAACCAUCAAUUGACAGGUCACCUUCUUGCUUGUUAUUGGUAUAUUUUAGCAUCUUAAACCUAUCUGAAAGUGACAUUUUGCUCUUUCCCUUUCCCCUCAUAUAUCCUGCCUAAAAAUGUGUACGUUGUCAAUCUGACCCCCAUUGUGGAGUUAGCAAAAUUAAUCUGUGGGUCCAUUCUUACUCAAACCUGAAGGAUCUCUUCAGGAAAACAUUUUUGUUCUGUUUUGCAACCAACAUUAUCACUGGGAUUUGGUGCCUGCACAACUCUACCAUCCCCAGUGGCUUUUUUCUUUUUUGGUGGGUGGGAGGUGGGGAAGGUGAGGGAGAGGAGAGAAAAGGAAAGUAAAUAGACUCCUGCAGCAUUGUGUUACUGCUCAUAAAGCUGCCCUCCUGCAGGUGGAGACCAAGGGCUUGAACCAGGUUCAUUUUGCAUAGUAAUGUGUGUGUGAGCCACUGUCAGCCCCCCACCCCCAAAAAAUUUUUAAUGCCCCCCACCUUUUUUGCCUCCAGGGUUAUUGCUGGGGCUCGGUGCCUGUACUAUGAAUCCUCUGCUCCUGGAGGCCACUUUUCCCAUUUUGUUGCCCUUGUUGCUCUUGUUUCUGUUGUUUUUGUUGUUACAGCUGAUGUUGUUGGAUAGGACAGAGAAAUCCAGAGAGGAGGGGAAGACAGGAGAGAAAGAUAAGAUAACUGCAGACCUGCUUCACCACUUGCGAAGCAACUUCUCUGCAGGCGGGGAGCUGGAGGCUUGAAGUGGGAUCCUUAUGCCAGUACUUGAGCUUUGCGCCAUGUGCACUUAACCCACUGUGCCCAGACCUUCAGUGACCCCCGCCCCCACACACACUUUAAGUCCUUAAAGCAUGAAGUCAAAACUGACUUUAAGAUCUGAAAGAUAAAGAAUGACUUAGAACACCAUUCCCCAAUCUUUGGAUUUAGGUAACUGAUUUUUUUUUUUUCCCCUUUGGUCUACAUAGCAUAUGACUACAUAUUAAGUUAGUUAAAAUCGCAUGCUUGAGAAAAAACAUUGUCUGUUUCACCUAUAACUAUUCAAACCUUUCACAUUUUAUGUGUCGUGAGGCUUAUAUGUAGCACUUUAUAUUUUCAUGCUGCUUAUUAUUUUAUUCUGCUGAAAUAAAUUUCAUCAAAAUUCUCAGUGUUUUUUUUACAGAAGACUUAAAAUUGUUUUUCAUUUCCUAUUUCAAGAGAAUAAGAAACUGUUUUUGUUAUUUUUGACUGUGAACUUUCUGAUAUGUUCCUACCAUUUUUAUAGUCCAGAAUCAGCAAACAAGCAAACCUCACACAUUUAUUCCAAAUACUUGAGCAGAUAUAUUGACAGAAGUACUGAAGAGCUUAUAUUGUUUGUAUUACUUUCAAGUAAGUAUAGAAUGGUGAAGGCAUUUAGUGUACUUGACUUUUACUCGAGAAUGAUGUGUAUUUUAGAGCCUUUGUGGGAGGCUUACUUUACUUCAAAGCCAUUAGGUAUGCUUUUUGAACAAUUGCCUUCAGAUCUAGUUUAAGCUGCUCAAUAAAACCAGUGACUAUUCAUACCUUGUUUGACCAAAGACUGUAUUCUUUGUCACCCAGUUUUUUUUUUAAUCUCCUGUCUCCUCUACCAUAUCAGCUAGCGUUUUUUCACUUCUUAUGCUCACUGACAAUAUCCUAAUUAGCUAUCAUCUCCUCUCAAUUAGUGCAAUAACCUCUAACAUGUCUCUAGUCUUGUCCCUUUCAUCAUACUACAGCCAGAGUCUUCCAACAUAGAGACCUCAUCUUGUCUCUCAUUACUGACAAAAAAAAAAGGGCCAAACCCUUAGGGAAGGACACAGCUGUGUGCGACCGAGUCCUUGCUUUGCUCUCUGGCCUAAUCUAACCUCAUCGUAUUCUUACUGGGGCUCUCCCACAGUUAAGAGCUUGUGCCUUUGGGGCUAAUCCUCUGGUCUCAGAGAAAUGAAUAAAUAUUAAAAUUAUCAUGCCUACCAACUCACAACAUAUAUAGUAGAUCCAUUUUGAGUUAGUUUUUGUAAGGGGAGAAAUUCAAUAACAUUCUUAGAAGAAAACAAAGUAGGUAAAUUAAGAGCACAAGCAACCAAAGAAAACAUAAAUUAUAUUUUGCCAAAAAAAAAAAAACCACCUUUGUUUCAAGGAAUACCAUCAAGAAAGUAAAAUGACAAUACAGAAUAUCUAAAGAACUCAUCACUCCGCUAUCUCAAAUGGCAACGAAUUUGUGUAGGCAUUUGUAUAAGAUACACAAAUGGUCAGUGAACAGAUGCUCAGUGUCAUUAGGGAAAUGUAUGUCAAGGUCAUAGGGAGUUACUAUUUUACAGUAGUUUUGAUGAUGUGGAGAAAUUGGGGUUCUCAUACAUGGCUCAUCAGAAUGUAAAGAGGUGUAGUCACUUUACAAAGCUGUUUGGCAAUUUUCCUCCCCAAGUCAAACACAGAAUUAACCAUAUGACCCAGUGGUUAACAGAUACCACUCCUGGGUAUCUGUUCUAAGAUCUGUAAAAAUAUCUCCCAAAUUUGUAUGUGAAUGUGUGGAUAUUUAUAGCACUACUGUUGUUAAUAGCCCCAGGCAAGGCAUUCAAGUGUCCAUCAACUGAUGGGUGGGGCACAAUGUGUUGUAUUUAUGUGAGCGGAUAUCGUUUGACAACGAAAAGUUAACGUUACAUAUUACAAGAUGGAUGAAUCUUGAAAAUAUGUUGAGUAAAGUUAACCACAAAAGGCUGUUGUAUGAUCCCAUUGAUCUGAAAUAAGCAAACUUGUUUGAUUACCUAGGAUGAAAGGGGGAGGGGUAAUGUGCAGUGACUUGGAAUGGAUAUGAGGUUUCUUUUGGGGGAGUUGAAAAUAGUCUAAAAUUUUGACAGUAGUGAUAAUAGUACAACUCUGAAUAUGCUAAAAAACCACUUGGAGGGGGUGACUAGUAUGUGAAUAAUAAUUCAAUAAAGCUGUUGUUAAAAUACCA